GGUAUGCAUCAUGCAAACGCUAGCUAUUGGAGGUUAUCCUUUGGAGUUAAAUUGUUCUACGCCAAUGUCAAGACACGCAGCUGACACAGUCUUGUGUUCUUUCUGUCUUUAUAACAUUUGUUUCCUUUCUCAAACAAAAGUUUCAUCAAAAUUCAUAUCCAGCUUUUGACUUUUGGUGACAAGAAAUUAAAGCACGAUUAGUCGGAUCAAUUGGUCACUUUCAGGAUGGUAACAUGAUAGGCAUAUAUAUGCUAGAACAACCUCGGAGAAGAGACUGAUUCAAUGCUUAAAACUUUUUUAGCUCAAAAGCUUUCAGGUUCUGCAAAUUGUUCAUUUCCAAGAGGAUCCUUGGAGGUUGCAGCUCUGGUUGGAUGCCGAUAGACAACGCUACCUUUGCUAGUCUUUUCGAAUCCUUGUUGGCAGAUAUUUCAGCAAUCACACACUCAGUAGAAUAUGUAGAAGUAGAGCAGGAAAACUUUAUUGAAGUGGGAUGCUACCUUUAUCGAGUUUUUCCAGCCAUAAUGGAGUUGAAGUAUGCGGAGAAUACCCCCAAAAAUGCAAAAGAGAUUCUAGAAUCUCUUUCUCAGAAUGUCAACCUGGCAAAGGAUCUUGUGGGAGAAUGUGAUAAAGAGAACCAACCAGUCUCAGAUACUGAACUGAGAAGCACCAUAGCCCAGCUAGAAGGGGUGGUAAAAGACAUAGGUGAAUGUUUGUGCUUGAUACCAUCCGCAACAUUUGGGGGUCAGGAAUAUGCAGAAACUGCAGUCCGGUCUCUUUCUGAUGAAAUGCAGAAUGUCCACUUUGAAGUCAAGCAACCUCAAGUACUAGAAACCAAAGUGCUUGAACCACAAAUUUCUUUUGCAUCAGAGCAACCUAAAAAAUUACAAAUGCCAAUAGAAAGUUCUCAAACGUCACAAGAGCCAAUAGAAUCAGAUCUUUACUCCGUUGAUAUUGAUGUCUCUUUCUUUACAGAAAGUUCUGAGAGUUUGAGUAUGCCACACAUUGUUGAUUUCCUUAAAAUUACAAGUGAUAGAAGCCAAUGGCAACACGAGAACAUAAACAAAUCCUUGACAACAUUGCCACAUGUGGCUCACUAUAUGGAACCUCUGUAUGAUACUUUCUUCUGUCCAUUAACUAAGCAGAUUAUGGAUGAUCCAGUUACCAUUGAAAAUGGAGUGACCUAUGAGAGGAAGGCGAUAACGGAGUGGUUUGAAACUUUCAAUCAUCUAGAGGAUAUAAUCUGUCCAACUACGGGGAUGAAGCUAACAAGCAGAGUUUUAAGCACCAAUGUUGCUCUAAAGACCACAAUAGAGGAAUGGAAGGAUAGGAAUGAGGCUACAAGGAUCAAGGUUGCCCGUGCCGCAUUAUCUUUGGCUAGUUCAGAUAGUAUGAUACUAGAGGCAGUAAGAGAUCUGCAACACAUCUGCAAAAGGAAACGAUAUAAUAAGUUUCAAGUACUUAGUGUUGGAAUAUUGCCAUUGCUUAUUAAGUUACUUGGAUACAAAGACAUAGAUGUUAGAUGCGGGACUUUGGAACUAUUACGACAAUUGGCUGAAGAUGAUGAAGGAAAGGAAAUGAUUGCUAACAUAAUGGAUAUAUCAACAUUAAUUGAGUUGUUAUCAAGUAGCCACCAGCCAGUUCAGCAUGCAUCAUUGCUUUUCUUACAUGAGCUUUCAAGAUCUCAAGCUUUGGGUGAAAAAAUUGGGUCAGCUACUGGAGCAAUUCUGAUGCUGAUUAGAAUCAAAUACAACCGCGAUGUUGAUUCCUUUGCUUCACAAAAAGCAGAUGAAAUUUUAAAGAACCUGGAGAGAUAUCCAUAUAACAUAAAGCAGAUGGCAGAGUACGGAUUCUUGGAACCUCUUUUGAAUCAUCUUACAGAAGGAUUCGCGGAGGUGCAGAUGGAGAUGGCAAGCUACUUGGGGGAAAUCGUUCUUGGCAAUGACGGCCAAACCUAUGUGGCUGAGAGGGCUUCUCCUACUCUCGUUAAAAUGUUGCAAAGUGGAGACACCAUUACCAGAAAGGCAGCAUUUAAGGCUCUAGCACAAAUCUCAUCUUACCUUCCAAAUGGCGGGAUACUGGUCAAAGCUGGUAUUGUCCAAAUUAUGGCUGAAGAGAUGUUCACUCGUAGGAUGUAUGAUGAGCCAAUGAACUCAACGAAAGAAGCUGCUGCAAUACUUGCAAAUAUUCUUGAGGCUGGGGCUGAGCAUGACAGCAUCCAAGUAAAUACUCAUGGCCACAAGUUAAGCUCAGAUUAUGCUAUCUACAACAUUAUCUACAUGCUUAAGAACUCAACUCCAGAUGAACUCAACAUCAAUCUCAUCAGAAUUCUUUUAUGCCUGACAAACUCACCCAACUCAAUGGAAACAAUUAUCUCAGUUGUGAAUGAGACUGAAGCAAGCUACACGCUUAUUGAACUCAUCAAUAACCCACAUGAACAACUUGGGGUAGCAGCAAUCAAGCUACUCAUUACGCUUGCACCACAUGUCGGUAACACACUAGCAGAGAGGCUCUGCAAAACCGGGGGGCAACCUGAGGAUUUAAUUGACAGCCCGACUGAAACUAACCACAUUACAGAGAAGCAGGCAGUUUCAGCAAAAUUCCUGGCAAAACUCCCCCAACAGAACCUAACACUCAAUCUUGCUCUUCUGAACAAGAAUGUUGUCCCCACAAUCCUUCAGAAAAUUUUUCUAGUCCAAAGAAGUGGAACAAGAACCAGCAAGCAUGCAACUGUUUACUUAGAGGGCCUAGUAGGCAUUCUUGUUAGAUUCACAACUACACUGUAUGAACCACAAAUAUUGUCCCUAGCAAGAACUCACAACCUCACAUUGGUGUUCACAGAACUGCUCAUGAAGACAUCUUGUGAUGAAGUUCAAAGAUUGUCAGCAAUUGGACUGGAGAAUCUCUCAUUAGAGUCGAUAAAUCUAUCACGGCCACCACAAAUUAAGAAAACCAAGUCUACGAAAUUGUUCCAACUACCGAAGCUCCUAUCUUCCAGUUCAUCAAAAGGGAGAAAGAUACCAACACUAUGUCCAGUUCAUAGAGGUGUUUGUUCUUCAGAAAGCACAUUUUGUUUGAUCGAUGCAAAAGCUGUUGAAAGGUUGUUGGCAUGCCUGGAUCAUGAGAAUGUUGAGGUAGUUGAAGCUUCAUUGGCAGCUAUAUGUACUUUGUUGGAUGACACGCUUGAUGUGAACAGGAGUGUGAGCUUGUUGAGUGAAUUAAAUGCUAUUCCACAUAUCUUGAAUGUGGUGAAAGUGCACAAACAAGAAGGCCUGUGGCAGAAAUCAUUUUGGAUGAUAGAAAAAUUCCUAGUGAAAGGUGGAAAUAAGUCAGCUUCAGACAUAUCACAGGAUAGGUUGCUACCUGCCUCAUUGGUUAGUGUUUUUCAUCAUGGAGAUGGCAGUACGAGGCAGAUGGCCGAGAAUAUUUUAAGGCACUUGAACAGAAUGCCAAAUCCCUCAACUACUUAUUAUACCAUGUAAACUGAUGCCCCAAUUUCACUCCAAUGUUGUCAAAGAUAUGCCUCUGUAAGAUCAGUCAUUCUAAGUUGGACCCCAUAUGUUUUACAUCUUAUAAACAUAUCCCUAUCAAAUUGUCUGUACUAAAUCUGUAAUCUUAUUUGCGGCAGAGACGACAGAUAUGCUUGGUACAGGACAAUCAACCUUAUGAGCCAAACCAGCAAAAACUCAUUUUUGGAUUUCUGGCGGGCAGGAUUUGACCGGCAGUCUCUUAAAUACAGUUGUUGAGAUAAUAAACGUUUUGUCAAUGUCCAAACCAUCUUCCUGAUAUUACCUUCCCGUAAUCUUUCAUUUUUUAAGUCAAUCUUUUUUUUCCUUCAAUCUCUGUUAUCAUCUUUUGACCGUCUCCAAGCAAGGUUCUCAGUUCCAAUAUAUCUAUCUGUUGUCUGCAGAAUCAGAUGAUGCCAUUAAGCCACUUGACAUGCCUGCAACCAAUGAAUUUUUUUAGAAUAUGGCAUAGAAAAUUGUCAAAGUUGUUUAAAGUUAAACUCUUCAGCAUUAAACUAUGCUUCCGGUCGUAUAAUGACAUCCAAAACUGCCAAAUUACAAAUUACGUGGAGCUUUUUGAAAUAAAUAAUAGGAUAAAAUCAAAUCUCUACAUCAUUGAUAAUGUAGACAUCAGAGAUUAUAGGUCUAACUUGAGCUAACAUCAAUAAUACCAGUUUUUUCAAUCCAGGCUUGUUCAAAUAGCAGGAGUUUGUCCUUCUGAAUCAUUACCUGUUUCAGAAGACAAUGGCUUCUUUUUCAAUAGAAGAAUUUGCUGGUGAUGGGGUUCUGAAGGCUUCCAAAAUUAUUAGAAGAAGGUUGGGAUGAUGUCCCAACCUUAAAGAUGAUGAGCUCAGAGGACAUGGAUGCAAUCAACUUGACACAACAUCAAAAGGUUAGUUAUCCAUUCAUCCUAAGAAAAAUCUUUGACCUACUCAAACAGCUAAUCCCACCAACCAAAUGGUUUUCUUUUUAUUUUACUUCAGGAUGCUCUGGAAAUCAGAAGGUACCUUCAUGAUCGUGCUCUGAUGCAAUAUGGAGAUAGGCUGGAGGCUUCCAAGAAAUGCCUGCCUGAGCUCCUGAACGUAAGCACUGAGGAUCUGUCUUCACAAUUUGGCAUGAAGAGGGGACACAUUGCACGUUUCAUAGAUAGAACCAAGUCAUGCACAGAUCCUCUGCCCAAACCAUAUGGACUAACUGCAUGGAAAAUCACGGGUCCACCAUCUAGAAAUAUCAGCAUUUACAAGAAUUUUUCGUCUGUCGAUUCCACUAAGAUGCGAAAUAUAGCAAAAUCCUUCGCCAGGAGCAGCACAAGUAAUGACAGGUCACUGGAAGAAUCACUGGCUGAUUUCAGGAUCAAAGAUGGAUAUGUCUUUAAAGGGAUUGUUGCUGCAGGACCAGCUGAGCCUCGAGCCUGUGGUUGACGAUGUUGCACCAUACUCUGCCAUUGAGAACAUAUCAGUUCAGAAUCUAACUCCUCAAUAUAAGAUUGGUAUGGAGCGUUUGGCGAAAUCCAAGGCACCACCAAUGAAAGCUUCAGAACUGUGGCGGGAUAAGCCAGCUGUGCUCCUCUGCCUUCGACGACCAGGGUAAAGUUAGACAUUACGCAUCCUACCAUUUUCAUCAAUCCCUUCAACUCUACUAUCUAAAGGAUGAACUUGAUUAGUUUUUCUGUUUAUGUCUGUUGCAACAUGACAACAGCUGCAUCAUGUGCAGAGCUGAAGCUUAUCAGCUCUAUGCCAAAAAACCAAUAUUUGAUACACUGGGAGUUCAAAUGUUUGCAGUUCUUCAUGAGCAUUAAGAAUCAGAGGUAAAAGAGUUCUGGCCCCGAUAUUGGGGUGGGGUUGUAAUCUUUUGACAGGGCUAUGGGAUUCUUCAAAGCUCUUGGAGGUGGGAAAUUACUCAAGGACAAGUUUCUGUCAGGAUUUGUGUUCAAUCCUCGGGCCAUUGCAAACUAUAAACGUGCAAAAGCUAUGGGAAUAGAGCAAAAUUUUAAAGGAGAAGGUGAAAUUAAGGGUGGACUUUUCAUAAUUGGUCGUGGAGGAACUGGAUUUGCUUACCAAUUCAUUGAGAGGAAUUUUGGUGGUCGUGCUCCUGUAGCUGAAGUUAUAGAGAUCUGUGCUCGAUUGCAGAAUCAACAGCAAGAUCAAGGAGCUUCUAGCAAGUCACCAUAAAAAUGAGUAAGUGGUUUAUCAGAUUUCACACCGCAUCUAUGUGUAAGGGAACAGAAUUUUUGAUGACUCGU